AUGGCACCGAAAAAAGAAGAAACUGCUGAAAACGCUCUCGCUCGAGCACGUGUCAAACGCGACAACGUUUUAAACUCCAUCAAAGGUAUUCACGUCACAGCUUUAGCCGCACGUUCUGAUGCCAAUCGAGUGCCGUCGUUAAUUAUUCACGCCGAAGAUUUAAAUCAAUAUGUCGAACAAUUUCAACGUCAACAAGACGUUAUAAUUAACGCGUUAUUCGAUCUUGACCGUGUGGCCGAGUUUGAUCAGGAUGAUCGUCCAAUGAUCGCAUCUAUGGAGACUAUGCGUCUCGAAAUUAAAACUGUCGUCGCGAGUGUGUCCGAAAUAAAAUCGUCGUCUUCGUCGUCCAUCACGUCCGCGCCUCAAUAA